UUUUCCUCCUCAACUUUGGCUCCGAGCAGUUUGAGUGACGACGGAGAGAGAAGGGGGCAUCAUUUCAGCUCAGAGGAGGAAGGCUGGAUAGAGAGAGCAGCGGAGAGAAGGAGAGAGGAGCGAGCGAGUGAGAGAAAGAAGAAAGAAGAGAGAGAGAGAGAGAGAGAGAGAGGGUGCCCCCAUCCGCUGAGAGGACCUGGAGGAUCCCACCAACUUUAUGGACGCCUGAGAGACUCCGUCCUCCCGCCUCCUCCUCUCCCUUUCUCCGCUAGGAGUUCUCUCCUCGUCUGCGCUCGUGAGACCGUCUCCGCUUUCUCCGGUCGUCUGUUUAACUGACCGAGCCUCGCUUGGUGCGGGACAGCGCUGGCGACCAUGGACACCCCUAUAAAGUGGAAAGUAAAACGGAGGCUAAAGGACGCGGGGCUCAGUUUGGCGGUGCUACUGCUGCUCGUGACCUCGCGAGCCAGCUCAGCAGAUCCAGCGGAUCUCCUGAAGAUUUUAGAUUUUCCCAGUUUGCCGGAGGGCGUAACGAAAACUACAGGCUUCUGUGCACACAGGAGGUCAUCGAAAGGGCCGGACGUGGCCUACAGAGUAACCAAAGAUGCUCAGCUGAGCGCUCCUACCAAACAGCUCUACCCCUCAUCAGUGUUCCCGGAGGAUUUCUCCAUCCUGGCCACAGUGCGGCCCAAAAAGGGCAGUCAGUCAUUCCUACUGUCCAUUUAUAAUGAGCAGGGCAUCCAGCAGCUGGGCCUGGAGGUGGGCCGCUCUCCAGUGUUCCUGUAUGAAGACCACCUGGGCAAACCAGGUCCAGAGGAUUACCCGCUUUUCAGAGGGAUCAACCUGGCCGACGGAAAAUGGCAUCGCGUGGCGAUCAGUGUCCAUAAGCAGAGCAUAACGAUGAUCGUGGACUGUAAGAAGAAGACAACGCGUGCGUUAUCCCGGAGCCCAAACCCCGUCAUCGACACCAAAGGCAUCAUAGUGUUCGGUACGCGCAUCCUGGACGAGGAGGUGUUCGAGGGGGAUAUUCAGCAGCUGAUGAUUGUAGCAGACCACCGUGCUGCGUUUGACUACUGUGAACAUUAUAGCCCAGACUGUGAGGUUCCCGCGCCAGAGCAGCCCCAGAACCAGGACCCCAACGCGGAAGACUACAAUACGGAAGAUGACACCUACUACUAUGAGUACCCUUACUAUGAGGACAUGGACGGGGAUAAGACUGGUGAAUCACUGCCCAACACUGAGGUCACUGAAACAAGCGAGAGGGGUGGUGCACCCGGUGACUUGCAGACCAUCACCACUGUGACUGGCGGAACUGGAGGUUCCAGCAGCUCGUCCAGCGGCAGCUCUUCCAGCAGUUCCUCUUCCAGCAGUUCCUCCUCCAGCAGUUCCUCUUCCAGCAGCUCCUCUUCUACCACGGCGACAGGCGAAGACUCAUACGAUGGCUACGAUGGUUACGAGACCGGUUACGAGACGUACUACGACGAGUCUACAGCCAAGCCUGAUAGCUCUCGCACAGUCACCAUCACAGGAACAGGAGCGGAAAGAGAGCUGGACCUGGGUCUGGGCAAGAACAUAGAUCUGGGCCUGGGCGGCGACGUGGAAAGUCACGUCAUUACCUCCGUAGGAGGAGGGGGAGGAGGAGGCCGAAUCCACACAAGCACCGUCAUACACAACAGCACUGCCGGCUCUGGCUCUAGCUCUGGUUCUACCACCAGAAUUUCCUCAGGUUCUAGCUCCAGCUCGGGCUCCAGCUCCAGCUCGGGCUCCAGCUCCAGCUCGGGCUCCAGCUCCAGCACGGGAUCCAGCACUGGUUCUAGCUCCAGCUCGGUGGGAGGUUAUGAUGAUGGUUAUGGCGAGGGUUAUGACGUGAACUAUGGAGAAGGGUACGAUGAGAGAGAAUACACUGCCGGUGGAGUAGGAAGCAGCAGCAGUACUGUAUCCGUAGGGGGCGGGUCCGUGUCAGUCGGAGGCGGGUCCGUGUCUGUCGGAGGCGGGUCUGUUUCUGUCGGAGGCGGGUCCGUGUCUCACGGAGGCAGUUCAGCCGGGGGCGGAUCGUCCAGUGCUGGAGGCACAGCUGGGGCAGGGUCUGACGCCAUGGGAACCGGACAGGGUGCAGUCGGUGGGGAAGCAGAAUACACGGAAUUGGACAAGUUUAAGGAGGAGUCCAUCACGGAUUACAAAUACACCGACUCCGACCUGGAAAAGAUUUACGGAGAUUACGGAGACUACGGAGACUACGGCGAGAGCGAAGACAAACAGCUGCCCGCUGAGACUGACAAUUACUUCGGCCAGGUGGACGGAUCCAGAGGAGAGAAAGGACAGAAAGGAGAGCCAGCCGUCAUCGAACCGGGAAUGCUGGUAGAGGGCCCCCCUGGUCCCGAGGGCCCAACUGGUCUGCCUGGUCCUCCAGGCACGAGUGGACCGCCAGGCACCCCUGGAGAGCCUGGAGAGAGGGGUCCUCCCGGUCGCCCUGGUCUUCCUGGAGCUGAUGGACUGCCAGGACCCCCAGGAACCGUUCUGAUGUUGCCGUUCCGGAUGAGCACAGGUGGAGAUGCUGGCCAUAAAGGACCUGCAGUUUCUGCUCAAGAGUCUCAGAUGCAGGCCAUCAUGCAGCAGGCCCGGCUGGCAAUGAGAGGCCCAACCGGUCCAAUGGGCUUAACUGGUCGGCCUGGACCACUGGGUCCUCCUGGUGUGCCUGGAAUAAAGGGAGAGUCUGGAGAGCAGGGGGCUCAGGGUCCUCGUGGUCCGAUAGGUUCAGUCGGCCCUCCUGGAAAGCCUGGCAGAAGAGGUCGUGCUGGAGCAGAUGGAGCAAGAGGCAUGCCAGGACAGACUGGACCAAAGGGAGACAGAGGUUUUGAUGGUCUGGCUGGAUUACCUGGUGAAAAGGGACACAGAGGCGAGUCAGGACCUCAGGGACCCCCUGGACCCCCAGGAGAGGAUGGAGAAAGGGGAGACGAUGGCGAGGUCGGACCCAGAGGUCUGCCCGGUGAACCGGGUCCUCGUGGUUUGCUGGGACCCAAAGGACCACAGGGACCCCCAGGAUCUCCUGGUGUGACAGGAAUGGAUGGCCACCCUGGACCCAAAGGAAACAUUGGGCCUCAAGGUGAGCCUGGACCUCCUGGACAGCAAGGAAACCCCGGCGCUCAGGGACUGCCAGGGCCUCAAGGAGCCAUUGGACCACCUGGAGAAAAGGGACCAACAGGGAAGCCAGGCCUGCCAGGCAUGCCAGGAGCCGAUGGACCUCCAGGUCACCCAGGAAAGGAAGGUCCAUCCGGUGAGAAAGGAAACAUGGGACCCCCUGGUGCUCAGGGACCAAUCGGCUAUCCUGGUCCCAGAGGUGUGAAGGGUGCUGAUGGAGUUCGUGGGCUGAAAGGAAACAAGGGUGAAAAGGGAGAAGACGGAUUCCCCGGCUUUAAAGGAGACAUGGGUAUCAAGGGUGACAGGGGUGAGCUCGGAGCUGCUGGACCUCGAGGAGAGGACGGUCCAGAGGGACCUAAAGGAAGAUCUGGUCUGCCUGGAGAUCCUGGACCCCUCGGGCCAACAGGAGACAAGGGUAAACUUGGUGUCCCUGGAUUGCCGGGUUAUCCUGGAAGGCAGGGUCCGAAGGGUUCUCAAGGAUUCCAAGGGUUCCCGGGAGCCAACGGAGAGAAAGGCACGAGGGGAACAGCAGGAAAGCCCGGCCCGCGAGGACAGCGUGGACCUACUGGGCCUCGUGGAGAGAGAGGACCGAGGGGUCCCACAGGGAAAGCAGGACCAAAGGGCAACUCAGGAAGCGAUGGACCCCCAGGACCUCCUGGCGAACGGGGUCUGACUGGACCUCAGGGACCAACUGGAUUCCCAGGACCGAAAGGGCCCCCCGGACCCCCAGGAAAAGACGGACUGCCCGGGCACCCUGGCCAGAGAGGAGAGACGGGUUUCCAAGGCAAGACUGGACCUCCCGGACCACCAGGUGUUCUGGGCCCUCAGGGACCAACAGGUGAGACUGGACCAAUGGGAGAGCGAGGUCACCCAGGACCUCCCGGACCACCAGGUGAGCAGGGUCUGCCUGGACCUGCUGGCAAAGAGGGAGCCAAGGGAGAUCCAGGUCCCGCCGGCCCCGCUGGUAAGGAUGGUCCUCAGGGCCUGCGAGGAUUCCCUGGAGAGAGAGGAUUGCCCGGCCCUGUUGGCUCUCCAGGUUUGAAAGGAAAUGAAGGACCACCAGGCCCACCUGGACCUGCUGGUUCACCCGGUGAGCGUGGUCCAGCGGGUCCCGCAGGCCCCACCGGUCUUCCAGGACGUCCAGGACCUCAGGGACCCCCAGGCCCAGCCGGAGAGAAAGGUGGACCGGGAGAAAAAGGACCUCAAGGCCCUGCCGGUAGAGACGGUAUUCAGGGUCCCGUUGGCCUGCCUGGACCUGCCGGCCCUGUCGGACCUCCAGGAGAAGACGGAGAUAAGGGUGAGAUUGGCGAGCCUGGCCAGAAGGGAAGCAAAGGAGAUAAAGGAGAGCAAGGUCCUCCUGGCCCCACUGGUCCCCAAGGCCCCGUUGGUCAGCCUGGUCCUGCUGGAGCUGAUGGAGAGCCUGGUCCUAGAGGGCAGCAGGGUUUGUUUGGACAGAAGGGAGAUGAGGGAGCUCGAGGGUUCCCCGGACCACCCGGACCUGUCGGCCUUCAGGGCUUGCCUGGACCCCCUGGUGAGAAAGGAGAGACUGGAGACGUCGGUCACAUGGGUCCACCUGGUCCUCCUGGUCCCAGAGGCCCUGCCGGACCCCCAGGUGCUGAUGGACCCCAGGGUCCCCCAGGAGGCAUUGGAAACCCUGGAUCAGUGGGAGAGAAGGGAGACGCCGGAGAACCAGGAGAGCCCGGACUGCAGGGAGACGUCGGCCCUCCGGGUCCGAGAGGAGAGCGAGGAGAGAAGGGAGAAGCCGGUCCUGCAGGUUCUGCUGGUCCCCCAGGUCCUAAAGGCCCUCCUGGUGAUGAUGGUCCUAAAGGCAGCCCUGGUCCGAGUGGUUUCCCUGGUGAUCCUGGUCCUCCUGGAGAGCCUGGUCAGCCUGGCUUGGAUGGGCCUCCUGGUGACAAGGGCGAUGACGGAGAAGCUGGUCAGCCUGGUUCUCCAGGACCCACUGGUGAAUCUGGUCCAACUGGCCCUCCAGGAAAGAGAGGUCCUCCUGGAGCAGCGGGACCCGAAGGACGGCAGGGAGAGAAAGGAGCCAAGGGUGAGUCCGGUCUGGAGGGCCCUCCGGGUAAAACAGGUCCAGUUGGACCCCAGGGCGCUCCUGGAAAGCCUGGUUCUGAAGGACUGAGAGGAAUCCCCGGCCCAGUGGGAGAACAAGGUCUGCCUGGUUCCCCAGGACCCGAUGGACCCCCAGGACCAAUGGGCCCUCCUGGUCUGCCUGGUCUAAAAGGGGACUCUGGAGUUAAAGGAGAAAAGGGCCACCCGGGUUUGAUUGGUUUGAUCGGACCUCCUGGAGAGCAGGGAGAGAAGGGAGACAGAGGCCUGCCCGGACCCCAGGGAUCUUCCGGACCUAAAGGAGACACGGGUAUUACUGGCCCUUCCGGACCCAUGGGACCCAUUGGACCACCUGGAUUACCCGGUCCUCCUGGUCCUAAAGGAGCUAAAGGAUCAUCAGGUCAGACAGGACCAAAGGGAGAGUCUGGAAUCCCUGGACCUCCGGGUCCACCGGGCCCACCAGGUGAUGUCAUCCACCCACUGCCGAUCCAGUCGAGCCCGAAGCGGGCAAAGAGGAACAUCGAUGCCAGCCAGCUGAUGGACGAUGCGGCUGAUGGAAACUACAAGGACUACGAGGAUGGCAUGGAGGAGAUCUUCGGUUCUCUGAACUCUCUCAAACUGGAGAUCGAGCAGAUGAAGCACCCGCUCGGCACGCAGAGCAACCCCGCCCGCACCUGCAAAGACCUGCAGCUCUGCCACCCCGACUUCCCUGAUGGUGAAUACUGGAUUGAUCCAAACCAGGGCUGCUCUCGAGACUCCUUCAAGGUUUACUGCAACUUCACAGCUGGAGGAGAAAGCUGCAUCUUCCCUGACAAAAAGAGCGAAGGGAGCAAAAUGGCUCGCUGGCCCAAAGACAGCCCAGGCACUUGGUAUAGUCGCUACAAACGAGGGUCCAUGCUCUCCUACGUGGAUGCCGAGGGCAACCCAAUCGGCGUGGUCCAGAUGACGUUCCUGCGCCUGCUAAGCGCGAGCGCCCGGCAGAACCUCACCUAUAACUGCUACCAGUCCGUAGCCUGGCACGACCAGGAGCUCGACUCGUACGACAAGGCCAUCCGCUUCCUGGGCUCCAACGAUGAGGAGAUGUCCUACGACAACAACCCCUACAUCCGAGCCGCCGUAGACGGAUGCGCGUUGAAAAAGGGCUACGAAAAGACUAUUCUUGAGAUCAGCACACCCAAAGUGGAGCAGGUACCAUUCGUGGACAUCAUGUUCAACGAUUUUGGCGGAGCGACGCAGAAGUUCGGCUUCGAGGUCGGCCCGGCCUGCUUUAUCGGCUAAGACUGUUCACUGAGCGCACCAGAACAACAGCAACAAACAACACAGCAACAACAACAGCAACAAAACCACAAACGUAUUCAUUCUCUCAGAAACAAAACUAAAGAAAGGAAUAGGGCAACGUAUUUGUAAAGUUUUAAAGUUUUGUGUUUCCAAAAAAAAAAACAACAGCUCAUAGAAAGGAUAAAAGAAAUUGAAGAAAGGAGUUUUAAACGAUCCAUUUUCAACCUUCUUAACCUCAAACGUACCCUGUCCGUCACAUGCACGUUUUGAAACUGGACGAGUCGAACGCUAGCUAGCUGAUUCUGUCCGAACCCUGCGCUACCAUUAGCCGCUUAGGCCCUCCACUCGUGCUGUAUAGAUUUAGGAAAGAGCAGCUUCCUCGAUGCACUUCCUUCAGGUGGGACUCUCCACGGACUCCACCGCCACGUUCUAGCUCUGUCUGGGUUCUGCUUGUGUUUACCGCCCCGAGCUUCUUCUUCCUCCUUUUUUUUGUGCAUAUUUGUCUUUCCGUUCCUCCGGAAUGGUGCUUAUAUAUAAAUAUAUAUAAAUAUUUUUUUGUAUGUUUGUAAGUACUUUCUGUAUAUUUUUCUCAUGUUUUUGAAUGUUCUGGCUUCAAAACAUGCAUGUGAACCAUUGGGCGAGAAGGACUGGCCAAAAUAAAGUUUGAAAAGCAUCAGUGAGCCUGACGAAAAUUGGAUAAAUUGAGGAAAAUGAAAAAUAAAGGAAACAUCCAGAACAAACGCA